UGAGAUUUGCGACAUGGAUUUUGUAGAAAGUUUUUCUAGGGGAAUUGGAUCAGUUUUUUUUGUAUGCCAUCACAUGAAAAGAACCACGCCAUCCAUCCGAUCUCGCUUUUCUUUCUGAAAAGGAGCUACUGAGGCCAUGAUUUCCUUACAAUCCUUGUCUCUCAUGCCUACUAACGCCUGACAACUUUCCAAGAGAUUCCUCUCCUUCUCUCUCUUCCUCGAUCCUCGCCAUGUCUUCAAUGGUUUCGUCCUUCCUAGUUCUCCUUGGCUUGGUCACUGUAGAGGUGAGGUUGAAUGAACCAAACAGUAUCCUGACUUAGAUCAGAAUUCUUUCCGUAUGAGCUCAUAGCAGUCUCCUGUUCCUACCAAAAGGUGCUUUCUUUCAACCCAGAGAUUCAUUGCUUGCUUUGCAUGUCCUUUGUCUUCUGAUCUCGUUCGAGGGGUGACGAGGGAGGUGAUGAUGGAAGGCGAUAGCUUCUCGGGGCUUGGCAAUGGAACCCAAGUGGACAGCAAAGUCCUCCAGACCUUCCAGAAGAGCUUUCUUCAGGUCCAGCGUAUCUUGGAUCAGAACAGGCUGUUGAUCAACGAGAUCAAUCAGAACCAUGAGUCGAAGAUCCCCGACAACCUCAGCCGCAACGUCGGCCUGAUCAGAGAGCUCAACAACAACAUCCGGCGCGUCGUCGACCUCUACGCUGACCUGUCACUCUCCUUCACCCGGUCCAUGGAAGCCUCGUCGGAGGGCGACUCCGAGGGGAAGCCCGGCAACAAGAGGAACCGGCCCGGCUAGGAAUGACAUCAGAUUUGCUUGCAUUGUUUUCAUCACUGUGUCACUCAUCUCCUCCCUCAUUUAUGUGAUGCAAAGCUGUUUGUCUGUGCUCCGGAAUAGUCAGUCUAAUCUUCUUUAAUUGCUGUGUCUUCCUUUUCUUUCUGCUCUGAUGUGCAUUUCUCUUGCAAAUAGUGUCAAAGCCUCCGUGUAGCCGAAGA